CUUCGAUGCAGAUACUUUAUCGUUACAUUAUAAGCUCGUAUUACUAUUAUGUUGUGUUUAUUGUGAAAAUGUGUUUUGUUUCUUAGUCACAAAAAUAUUAUUCUUCCAAAAUGUACCUAAAAUCUCUCAUGAUCUGCUUAGCAAUAUUUAUGCAGUAUUUUGCCACAGGCACAAGGGUUAUUUGUUACUAUGAAAGCUGGAACGCUUAUGAUGGUUACAAUCCAGAAGAUUUCGAUGCUAGCCUGUGCACCCACAUCAAUUAUGCCUUCAUGGGACUUUGGGAAGACGGAAACGUUAAAGUAGAGGACGAUUCUCUUGACAUCGAUCAAGGGUUGUACAAAAGAGUAACUGACCUGAAACAAAAAAACCCCAACCUUAAAGUACUGCUAAGCGUAGGCGGUGGCUCUGAUGGAGUUGCAGAACUCUUCGCCGGAAUGGCUGUUGAUGCAGCUAAGAGAGGUGCCUUCAUUGGAAGCGCUUCCUACUUCAUAUCUACUUAUAACUUCGAUGGGUUAGAUAUUGAUUGGGAAUAUCCCAAUGAAGCUGACCGAGAAAACUACAUAAACUUACUUCGACAAGUAAGAAGUGCCUUCAACGAACAUGGUUGGCUUCUGACUGUUGCUGCUAGUGCCGAUCCAAAUGGAUACGCGUACAAUGUUCCAGAAAUGAAUGAGAUAUUAGACUGGAUCAACGUGAUGACAUAUGACAUGUAUGGUUCCUGGAGUGAAUAUACCGGCCAAUGUUCUCCUCUUUAUGCUUCUUCUGUAGAGACUGAGUGGGAAAGAAACACCUUGAACUUGGCUGCAGCUGGUAACAACUGGGUGAACGCUGGUGCCUCCAAAGAUAAACUGGCCAUGGGUUUAGCCUUUUACGGAAGAUCUUUCACGCUGUCUGAUCCUAAUCAACAUGGACUUCAUGCUCCGUUUGACACGAUCGGUGUCGGAGACGGAGCCCCAAGUUAUCGCCAAAUUUGUGAAAAUUACGACAGUUGGACCAGAGUUUGGGAUGAUGAACAAAAAAAUCCCUACAAGUAUUCAGAAAAUCAAUGGAUUGGUUAUGAUGAUCCUGAUUCUAUUUGGAUAAAGACUGAUUACAUUAAAGCAAACAAUUUUGGAGGCGUCAUGAUAUGGGCAAUAGAUGGAGACGAUGUACAUGGCAGCUGCGGAUUGGCACAAACCCUACUGAAACAUGUGAAUGGGGCCUUAGGCAACAUAGACUGUUGUUAGAUGAAAUUUAUUUUAUUGCUAUUCCACAAAUUUUAAAUAAAUGUUAAUAUUUAACAAA